AUGAAAACGUCUAGCAGUGGCCAUGCAACCGACGAAUUUUUUGAUCAUCGGAAUGUGUCAUUUGUUGGAAGGCCAUUUCCGUUGGAGGAGGCUCAUGAACAUUUCGCAAGAUUAAGAUCUUGGGGGUUGACUUUUGUACGACUUCUUGUACCUUGGGAGGCCUUGGAACAUGCUGGACCCGGUAACUAUGAUGAAGAAUAUAUCGACCACUUAGUAAGCAUUAUCGAAAUGAUGCCUCGAUAUGGAAUAAAGUGCUUUAUUGACCCACAUCAAGACACUUGGUCUCGCUUCUCUGGUGGGUCAGGCGCGCCAGGAUGGACAUUUGAGGUUGCUGGCCUUGACAUCACGAAAUUUCAAGCAACCGGUGCUGCUCACAUCCAUAAUUCUCAAUUUCAUAACGAUCAUCUCGGACCGGGGAGCUCGCAGCCCAUGGUUUGGCCCACAAAUUACACCAAGCUUGCUAGCUCCACGAUGUUUACGUUGUUCUGGAGUGGAAACACAUUUGCGCCGGAACUGAAAUACCAGGGAAAGCAAGUGCAGGACUUUUUACAAGAUUGUUAUUUGAACUGUUAUUCGCAUUUGGCAGAACGAGUCCAACAGUUAGAGGCUGUAAUCGGAUUCGAAGUUAUGAAUGAGCCGCACCAAGGCUACAUAGGUCUAGUCGAUUUGACACGUUACAGCGCGGUCCAUACACUAGUCUUUGGUGAUUCUCCAUCCGCUUUCCAAUCGUUCACAUUAGGGGACGGCAUUCCAACAGAAAUUGAAGUCUGGAUCAGGUCUUGGCCAUAUCCGACGCGCAAACAUUCCACCCGAGUCGUCAACACCGAAUGCGAGUCUGCCUGGCUUAACCGUCGCCCAUGUGUAUGGCGUCAGCAUGGCGUCUGGGAUGUAGACGAAGCAACAAAAAAUCCAGUUCUUUUACAGAAAGAGUACUUCACAAAAGAUCCAAAAACGGGAAACCCUGUAGAGUUUUAUAAAGAUUUUUAUUUGCCGUUUGUUAAUAAAUAUAUAAAGGCCAUACAGAGUGUGAAAGAAAGUUAUUUGGUUUUCGUUGAACCUCUGCCCAAUGAGCCACCUCCAGUCUGGACUCCAACGGAUAACUCCCAUAAUGUCAUCUACGCUCCGCAUUGGUAUGAUCUAAAAUCCGUCUUCAAUAAGGCAUUCGAUGGAUUGAUCACUCAUGAUGUUCAAAGCCUAAGCAAAGGGAAAAAUGUCAUAUCUGCUACUUACUUUGGACUCAAAGGCGCCAAGAAUAAUUACACCGGUCAAGUGAGAGAUACAGUAAAUAAAGGGUUGAUUAAUGUUGGAGAGAAACCAUGCGUCAUAGGGGAAUGCGGGAUACCAAUGGACAUAAAUGAGAAAAAGGCUUUUGAAACAGGAGAUUAUACGCAUCAUAGCAACUUUUUGGACGCCGUUUUGUGCGCCAUGGAGAGAAAUCUUGUUAAUUUCACCCUUUGGAACUAUAAUCCAACAAACGAUAACACGUACGGCGACCACUGGAAUGGAGAAGACUUUUCCAUCUACUCUCCUCUGCCAAAAUCCAAGACAAACAAUUCCACUACUCAAACAAUAACUAUUACAGCCACUCCAAUAUCAGCAGAUGAUAAGAAAAUGACAAAACACAGGCCAGCUAAAAAAGAAUUGAAAGUGCAAACGAUGUUUGAGAAUGAGAGAGAACAAAGACAGGAAAGAGAUGCAGAUAAUAAAUAUGGAACAGAAAAGAGUCCUACUAGUCCGUUCGAGUUGAUGCAGGUACAUUUUUGGGAUCAGGAGGAUGAGAACGACGAGGAUCAUUAUCAUCAUAUUGGAGGAAGAGUGUUGGAUGCCGUGUUGCGUCCUUAUGCAUCAAAAGUCCCUGGUAUACCUCAAGUAACCCAUUUCAACCUUCAAACUCUCGAAUACAAGUUCCAGUUCACCAACUACCCACAAGGAACACACCCAUUUUCUUCCGUCUCACCCUCACCCUUACCCUCACCCGAAGUCGAAAUUUAUAUACCCAAUUAUCACUACAAGCAACUCCAUCUCGACAUCCGCGUCUCGGAUGGUGACUGGCGAUAUGUCAGAUCGCGUCAGACUCUGUAUUGGAGAGUCAAGGACUGGACGACUGAAGGCAUUGAGCACAGUUUAAGGAUCAGGAUUGUAAACAAUAAUAAUAAACAACAGGGGAUGGGAAAUUGGACUGUGGAUGUAUGGAAUGUUUGGGGCCUGAGAAUGAAGCGUCGAUUCAAUAGACAAGAUGGGAAGAAUUUUACGCCAUAUCUCAUUGCAGUAGCUGGUGGGAGUGCCAGUGGUAAAACCAGUGUUGCCAAGAGAAUAAUCAAAAAUCUCAACGUCCCGUGGGUUGUACUGCUGAGCAUGGAUUCAUACUACAAGCCACUUUCCCCCGAACAACUAGAUUCUGCCAUGAAUAAUGAUUACAAUUUUGAUCAUCCCAACGCAUUCGAUUACGAGAUGCUAGCACAAACUUUAAAAGAUCUCAAAGAAGGGAAGCGAGUAGAGAUACCUAUCUAUGAUUUCACAACCCACUCUAGACGCCCAGAGACAUCAACCGUUUAUGGCGCCAACGUUGUUAUCUUUGAAGGCAUUUUUGCUUUAUACGACAAAACCAUCACAGAUCUUAUGGAUUUGAAGAUCUUUGUGGAUACCGAUGCUGAUAUUCGGUUGGCUAGAAGAUGUAAGCAGGAAUCAGUAGCUAUAUAUCGUCCAUCUGCUUUAAAACGAGACAUAAACGAGCGUGGACGUGAUAUCCAUGGUGUACUCAAACAAUACGGACGGUUUGUUAAAUCAUCGUUUGAUGACCAUAUUCUCCCAACAGUAAAGAAUGCAGAUGUGGUACCUAUUAUUCCGCGAGGGUUGGAGAACCAUGUUGCAAUAGAGCUUAUUACAAAGAACGUCCAGAAGCAAUUGGCUGAGCGCAAGCUAAGCUUUCGAUGGGAUUUGGCAAGGAUAGAGUAUGAUGACGACAUACCUGAAAACGUGAUUUUGUUGAAAGCUACGCCUCAAUUAAAGGGAAUACAUACUAUCAUUCGUGAUUGUACCACAGCGCGAGAUGAUCUUAUCUUUUACACUGAAAGGCUUGCAACGCUCGUGGUUGAAAGGGGUCUGGCAGAGCUGCCUUUUCGUCACCGUAAAGUAACAACACCCCUUAAUAUUGUGUGCGAUGGCAAGGCCUUGGAUGCUCAAAUCUGCGGAGUAUCUAUCCUUCGUGCUGGUGGUACUAUGGAGACAGGCCUCCGUCGAGCCAUAAAAGAUGCACUCAUAGGAAAGAUGCUGAUUCAAUCUGAUCCUCAAACUGGUGAGCCACAGUUACACUACAUUAAGCUCCCAUCUACUAUUAAUCAAUGUCAUGUGUUUCUUAUGGAUGCACAAAUUGCAACGGGCGCGGCUGGUCUGAUGGCUAUUCGAGUUUUAUUGGAUCAUAAUGUACCAGAAGACAAAAUUAUUUUCUUGACAUUCCUUGCUACUAUACAAGGAUUACAUACAAUUUCUAAGGCCUUUCCGAAAGUCAAGUUGUGUACUUCGAUGAUAGACCCCAAAGUCAACGAACACACACUUUACAUUGAACCUGGAAUGGGCAACUUUGGAGAUCGGUAUUUUGGUACAGAGCCUUAA